AUGAAAUCACAUCGCCGAAAGUUCGGGGCGACAGCACGGGCAUGCCGAAAGCCACCUGGCGGCCCAGCAUUUUGGGGCUUUGCGGCUCCGGCGGGUGCAGGAGCAGCGUCCGACGCGCUCAUCCGCGCGGCCGCGCUCGCGGCCUCAGCCUCCACGGUCGCGUCGGAGCCGCUCCUCGUCGACGCUCGCGCUCAGCUCGGGCUCAAAAGAGCGGAAGGCGGCGUCCAUUUCUUGGACGAAGCGUACCGUCUUAUCGUCCCCGGUUCGACAAUCGACUUUGGAAAUGAAGCGCUGGAACAAAUCAUGAGCCAGAUGGACAGCGGCAAGCUCAUGUGCAUCUUCGCAGGUUACGAAACGCCGAUGAAGAAAGUGCUGGACUGCAACGAGGGCUUCCUCAUUGGCGGGUCGGGAAGCAGUUCGAAGCGCGCGACCGCCCUGGACGAGCGCCUGGACGUUCAGUGCGCGGACCUGGCCGCGUUGCUGACGUUGACACUGGCAAAUUUUGAGGCCGCCGCUGACGGCAUGAGUCCGGUUGAGGCCGUUCCGGUGGCGGAACCAACGACGGAUCCGACGGACCUCAUCUGCCAGUUGAGCCGCCACGUGGGCUCGGUGCUAGAGCGAGAGGCGUCGUCCCCCGGAGUCGAGCUGAUUGACAGUCCAAAACAGAAGAGGAGGUGGAUUCACGUGCCUAAGUCGCACCGCUUGGUGGUUCAAAAGAAGAGCGUCUCGCAGCAAGGCUUGUUUCUCGAAAGCUAA